GCUGAAGCCGGAGCGGCUUGAGGGGCAGCUGGACCAGCAGAGCGAGCGCGCCCGGCAGCGGGGCCCGGCCCGGCUCUCGCUGGCCGAGUUCGCGGCCCAGCUGGACCUGCCCGUGUCCGAGGCGCUGCGGGACCUGUUCUCCCUGUUUGACGAGCACGGGGAUGGCCGUGUGGACCUGCGGGAGUACGUAGUCGCCCUGUCCGUCGUCUGCCGGCCGUCGCGGCCCCUGGACACCAUCCGGCUGGCGUUCAAGGCAAGUCGGCUGCACCCGGCCUCCGGCCCGUCCUCUGCGCCGCCUAGUGGCGGGUCGGGCGCCAGCCUCGGGGCUGGGCUGCCCGAGGGCCCUGCACUGGGGUAGGCUGGACCGGCGCCCCCAGCGUGGACUCCUCCCAGGGGUGACCACUUGCCUGCCAGGCCCGAGAGCCCGCCGUCCCGCCAGCGCUGGUCUCUGAGCUGCACCCUCCGUG